AUGGGGGAAUUUAAUAAUCAAUUUAAAACCCUCUUAAAAAAGAAUCGUUUGAUAAGAGGGAAAAGUUGUUGUGCUAUGGUAUGUGAAAUUAUAUUUCCAAUUAUCAUUGUCUUGAUAAUAUUUGCAAUUUUAGUUUUAAUUCAAGCAUUUAAACCAAAUUACGACCCAUAUAAUGCAAAUGCUUUUUCAUAUAGUGUAAAUAACAAUAGUAAAUUUAUUUAUGGUAAUCAAGAGGGUCAAUUAAGUGCAGAACAACAAGGUGUCAUUACUGCAAUGAAAACAAGAGUUUCAAUUGUUAAAAAAAUAACAAUGAACGAGGUAAAUUAUUUCUUUUUAGAGCUUAAUAAUAAAGAAGAAAUGGAAACUUAUUUUGCAAAUAAUUCAAAACAUACAUUUGGUGCAGUUUGGUUCAACGAUAGUCAAGUUGCAAGCGUAGCCUCACCAUUCAAAUAUAAUAUAAGAUUAGAUAGUGACUAUGUUAUGGAUAAUUCAUUAAUCAUCGAUAAAAAUUUAGAUAGUGAAAUUUAUGCAAAAAAGAGUUUUUCAAAUAUUCAAGUCGCCAUGGAUCAAGCUAUUUUCGAUUAUUUUGGUCUUAAUAUCACUUUGGAUGUUACAGGACAACGUUUCCCAGAUCCAUGGACCGAACUAUGGAUGAAAUGGAUCAAUGGUAGAGAUGGUUUAUUUAAAAAUGCUGGUAGUACUUUUGUUACAGCUGCUCUUUUAAUAUUUGUUUUUCGUUUAACAACAGAUCUUUUGGUUGAAAAAGAAACAAAAAUUCGAGAAGGUAUGAAGAUGAUGGGGUUAAAUGAUUUUGCAUACUUUUUAAGUUGGUUUGUAAUGCAACUUUUUACAGCUUUACCAGUAGAUUUUGUAAUUAUUAUUAUUUUGAAGGGUUCACAAGUAAUUCACACAACUUCAUGGGGCAUAGUAAUUGUAUUGUUAGUUCUUUAUUUAAUUUCAUUACUGUUAUUGGCCUUUAUUUUCAGUAACUUUUUCGAUAAAUCAAAAUUUUCAGGUCUUUUAACUUUUGUAAUAAUAUUGGUUGUAAAUAUUUGCGGUAUCUUUGUAGGUAAUACAGAGUUUAAUACUGGGGUAAAAUUGUUUUUAUGUUUAUUAUCACCAGUUGCGAUUGCAUGUUCAUUUUAUGCAAUGAGUGUUAGAGAUUUAACUGAUGUUUUAACUGUCGAUUGGGAUUAUAUUAUAACAGAAAAACAAGUUAUUGGUAUGUUGGUUUUAGAUAUUUUUGUUUAUUUGUUUUUGGUUUGGUAUUUAGAUAAAGUUAUACCAACUGAAUAUGGCACAAAAGAAAAGUGGUAUUUCCUUUUUACAAAAUCAUACUGGAAGAAUAGCUCUAAUAGCGGUAGAGAUAUUUUCGAUAUUGAAUCCACUUAUCAGAAUGACGAUGUUGAAAUGAUACCAGCAGAAGUUAGAAAUAAAAAUAAAGUUACAGUAUCAAUUAGAAAUUUAAGAAAAGAAUUUCAAACUGGUGAUGGUUUACGUGUUGCAGUGAAUGACUUAUAUUUGGAUAUGUUUGAAGGCCAAAUUCAUGCUUUUUUAGGUCCAAAUGGUAGUGGUAAAUCAACUACAAUCGGUAUGUUAACUGGUUUAAUCGAACCAACACGUGGUACUGCUUCAAUUCUUGGUAAUGAUAUUACAACUAAUAUGGGUAGAGUUAGAAGAUCAUUAGGUUGUUGUCCACAACAAGAUAUUAUUUGGGCUCAAUUAACUGUAUUGGAACAUCUUAAAAUUUAUGCAUCUCUUAAAGGUGUUGCUAAAAAAGAAAUUAAAAGUGAAGCAGUUAAAAUGGCUAAUGAAGUUGGUUUGGGUGAAAAAAUUAACUCUCCAGCUGGUUCAUUAUCUGGUGGUCAAAAAAGAAAGUUAUGUUUAGGUAUUGCUUUUAUUGGUCGUAGUUCUGUUAUCUUUUUAGAUGAACCUACUUCAGGUAUGGAUCCAUUAAGUCGUCGUGGUGUUUGGGACUUUUUACUUAAAUAUAAAAAAAGUAAAACUAUUAUUUUGACAACUCAUUUCAUGGAUGAAGCUGAUUUCUUAGGUGAUAGAAUUGCAAUUAUUACUCAUGGUAAACUUAGAUGUGAUGGUUCAAGUUUAUAUUUAAAAAAUAAAUUUGGUUGUGGUUAUCUUUUAACAUGUAGCAAAAAAUUAGAAUCAGUUGAAAACUUUAAUACAGAUAAUGUUACAGAAUUUAUUCAUCGUUAUAUACCAGAGGCCAAUGUUUUAUCAGAUGCAGGUACUGAAUUAAGUUAUCGUUUCCCAACUUCAAGUGUUCCACAGUUUUCAAAUUUCUUCCAAAACUUUGAUCAACAAUUAGAGUCAUUCCAAAUUACAACCUAUGGUAUUUCAGUUACAACAUUAGAAGAGGUAUUUUUAAAGAUCGGAACAGAGGUAUCAGAUGGUUUCGAAUUGAAUAAAAACCAAGUUACUGACGAAGAUACACUCAAAGCAAAUAUUGCAAUUCCAAGUCAAGGUAUUACAGCAAGACAACAACUCAAAGGUCUUUUAAUUAAACGUAUUAGAACUUCUAAAAAAGAUAUGAAAGCAUUCUUUUUAUCUUUACUUAUUCCACUUAUUGUUAUUAUUGGUUCAAUUGUUGUUUAUAAAGAAGUUAACACUGCCACUCUAUUUUAUAAUAACGUUACAACUCCAUUAGAAUUAUCAUAUGAUCUUUAUAAAUCUUAUAGGGUACCUGUUCAAACAUUUACUUUGGAUAAUUUCAAUUUAUUAGAUAAAAGUCCAUACUUUAGUAAUAUGACAUAUAUUCAAGAAAGUGAAAGUUUAGAAGAUUAUUUGGUUGAAAAUUAUUUAGAAGCUGCAGGUUCAUUAAAUUUCACAAAUUCAAUUUCAGCACUUAAUAAUGGUAACAAAGUAUCAUAUAUAGCAUUAUAUAAUUUUAAUUAUAUUCAUUCAUUACCAGUACAAAUCAAUUUGGCAAAUGAUGCUUUAUUAAGAAAACAUAAUGAUUUUGGUAUUCAAGUUACAAGUAUGCCAUUUAAACAUGUUUUAUCAAACUUUGAAUUGGCUUCUCAAAAUAUGAAUAUUCAAUCUAUAGUUUAUUUUGUAAUUAUUAUUAUGGGUGGUUUUUCAUUAAUGGCAGGUUCAUUUGCUGGUAGUAUUGCACAAGAACGUGCAAAUCGUAUUAAAAGAUUACUCUAUAUUUCAGGUUGUAAAAAAUAUAUUUAUUGGUUAUCAAAUUUAAUUUGGGAUUAUUUAUUUGGUUUUAUUUUACUUAUAAUAACAUGUAUUAUUUUAGCAGUAGUUAAAGAUGAAUAUAAAGAUCAAUUUGGUCUUUUUAUUUUAUCAUUAAUUUUCUUUGUAUUAUCAGUUAUUCCAUUAUCUUAUCUUUUAUCAUAUCGUUUCAAAUCAUAUGGUUCAACUGUUGGUGCUGUUGCAGCUAUUCACUUUGCUAUUGGUAUCGUCUUUACAAUUGUUUCAUUAAAUCUUCGUAUUCAAGUUAUUAUUGAAAAAUCUCAAGGUCUUCAAGAUGCAUCCGAUAUUGUCGAUAUCGUUUUUGAUAUCUUUUCACCUCUUUAUGCUUUUAGUAGAGUUCUCCUUAUCAUCUCUGGUUUCCCAGGUUCAAUUAGAUUAGGUUAUUAUGAAAUUGAUAAUUAUUGGUCAUUAAAAUAUGGUGGUAUUCAUAUUAUUAUUUUGGCAAUUCACUGUAUAGUUUGGAUACCAUGGAUCCUUUUAUUAGAUUAUACACCAGAAUUUAAAGGUUACUUUAGAAAUCCAAAGAAUGUUGCAGCACCCCCACCACCUUCAGAUGAAGAUUCCGAUGUAUCAUUAGAACGUGAAAGAUUACUCCAACCAGCUUCAAGAAACGAGGUCAUUCAACUUAGAAAUCUUCAUAAACUUUUCCCUGGUAAAGGAAAGAAUCCCGAUAAAAAUGCAGUUUAUAAUAGUACUCUUGGUAUUCCACGUGGUCAAACCUUUGGUUUAUUGGGAAUGAAUGGUGCUGGUAAAACCACUACCCUUUCAAUGCUUUGUGGUGAUGUUGUCCCAACUUCUGGUGAAAUUACAAUUAAUGGUUUUGAUUUAAUAACAAACCGUUCACAAGCUCUUAAAUCAAUUUCAAUGGUUCCACAAUUUGAUGCACUCAUCAGUUUAUUAUCAGCUCGUGAACAAAUUACUUUGUAUUGUCGUAUUAAAGGUAUUCCAGAGGAUAAAAUUUCACUUGUCGUCGAGUCUUUUGUUCAAAUGAUGGAUAUGAAGAGAAUUGCAAAUAGUAAUUGUGGUGGUUAUUCAGGUGGUAAUAAGAGAAAGUUAUCAUUAUCUAUUGCUAUGUUGGGUAAUCCAAGUGUUGUAUUUUUAGAUGAACCAAGUACUGGUUGUGAUGCUGUAGUACGUCGUUAUCUUUGGAAUGUUGUUAGUGAAUUGGGUAAAGAUCGUUCAAUUAUCAUCACAACUCAUUCAAUGGAAGAAUGUCAAGCACUUUGUGGAAGAGUUACAAUCAUGAAAGAUGGUAAAUUCACUUGUUUAGGUUCAAUUCAACAUGUUAAAAAUAAAUUUGGUACAGGUUAUUCAAUUGAUGUUAAAUUCAAAAAAGAAUAUUUAGAUGGAGGUGUUCAACAAGUAUUAAAAUGUUUUUCAACAGCCUCAUUAUUGGAUGAACACGAUUUAAUUGCUUCAUUCGAAUUACCUAACGAUCCAAACAAUCCAGUAAAAAUAUCAGAAAUAUUUGGUACUCUUCAACAAGAUCUUUCAUCCAUGUUGGAUGAUUAUUCAGUUUCUCAAACUUCAUUGGAACAAGUUUUCUUAAAACUUACUGGUUCAGGAUAUGCUGAAAGAUUACAAUUAUUUAAUAAUUCACAAAUUCGUGGUGAUUAA